UUGGAUGGCAACCCGUUCAGGGUGUACGAAGGCAUGGGAUAGGCUCCAGCAUGCCCGUGACCCUCGAUCAAGCGCUUCAGAUAAAGAAUGGACGUUACAUAGUAGUUUAGGAGUUUACGAGGCGUACUUGAAGGAAGCAUCAGUCCGGUUCCUGCCGAGGCUCCAUCCCGAUUCUUCCCCGCUGCCCGAACUCCAUGUUGUUCUGUCAGCUCCAGCGAACAAGUGCCCCGGCCCCAAACUCUCACGUUGCAACUCUGUGUGCGAAGUGCCUGUGGAAGUGUGUUUGACCCCCCCGCGAAACAACAUGGCAGACUACCGGGAAGACACCGGAGCUCGGGCCCUGCUCGCCUUGCAGUCGGCGCCGUGCAGCCCCGUGCGAGUGGCGGUCACCUCGCACGCCUUCCACCAUCAGCCGUCGCUCGCCUUCCUCUGUCCGCCGCUGACGGAAGCCGCCGCCGGCGCCGGGAUGCGCCCGGCUCGUCUGGUGUCUCCUCUCCCCCAAGCCCUGGCCAGACUCGAGGGUCGGGACUUUGAGUUUGUCAUGCGCCAAAGGACCGUCACCAUCGGCCGGAACUCGUCCCACGGCUCCGUGGACAUCAACAUGGGCCACUCGAGCUUCAUCUCGCGGCGGCACUUGCAGCUCGUCUACGACGAGGCGAGCGGCUUCUCGCUACGUUGCCUGGGCAAGAAUGGCGUGUUCGUGGACGGAGUGUUCCAGCGGAAAGGGGCGCCGCCGCUGCUGCUUCCCCGACAGUGCGUGUUCCGCUUUCCCAGCACGGUCAUCAAGAUCCAAUUUGCGUCGCUCAUCCCCCCCGAGGGGCAGUGGGAGAAGGAGGCGCCCUCGCCGCCCAUCCGCCCGCUUUUGCCUCACAUCUCCCCGCUCAAGAUCAGCAUUCCCACCGCGCAGCAGCACGAAGAGCACAUCAGGGCCUUCGGCCCACCGCUGCCGUCGCCCACGGGCACCCUCAGCGUUCCCAACUCAUGCCCGGCAAGCCCCCGCGGCGCCGGGUCGUCGGGCUACCGCGAUGGCCGCAACGUGACCAGCGACCUGCAGCUGGUGGCCGAGUAUGCCGCCAAAGCCGUGUCGGAGCAGAGGCGCAACGCGGCCGAGCACCGCGGCGCGGCCGCGGAGCCCCGAGGGGAGUCGGCCGGCGCCGGCGGAGACGACAGCCCCAAGGAUGAGUCCAAACCGCCGUAUUCAUACGCACAGCUGAUCGUCCAGGCCAUCUCCUCAGCGCCCGACAAGCAGCUGACGCUCAGCGGCAUCUACGCUCACAUCACCAAACACUACCCGUACUACCGCACGGCGGAUAAGGGCUGGCAGAACUCCAUCCGACACAACCUGUCGCUGAACCGCUACUUCCUGAAAGUGGCGCGCUCGCAGGACGAGCCGGGCAAGGGCAGCUUCUGGCGCGUGGACUCGGCUUCAGAGGGCAAGCUGGUGGAGCAGGCCUUCCGCAAGCGCCGGCAGAGGGGCGUGGCCUGCUUCCGGACCCCCUUCGGACCCCUCUCGUCCCGGAGCGCCCCGGCGUCGCCCACCCACCAGGGCCUGCUUUCGCCGCCGUCCAGCGGGCUGCAGACCCCCGAGUGUCUGAGCCGGGAGGGGUCUCCCGUUCCCCCGGACCACCACGAGCAGCUGGCGCACAAGCUGGCCGCCGUGCCCGAAUAUCGAUACUCGCAGAGCGCUCCCGGGUCUCCGGUCAGCGCUCAACCGGUGAUCAUGGCGGCGCCGCCGCACCCGAGCGCCGCCCUGGGCAAGGCCUUGGCCCUCCUCCCGGGAGGCGGCGGCCAGGUCCACCUGGUCCAGAACGCGCCGCCGUCCUCCGUCACCAUGCUGCGCGUGGUCACCGGCGCCCCGCCCAACGGCUACUGCGCCCCAUCGCUGCUCAACGUCGGGCCGCCCGGCGGCGAGCUUAGAGAGGCGCAGCCGAAGCGAGAGUUGGUGAUCCAGGCGCUGGACAGCGCCGGGCACGGGGCCGAGCCGCGGAGCGCGGCGGAUGCGCGCAACGUGGCGCCGGGCCCGCAUCCACUUGCCGUGCACGCCGUCACGCAGAACGGAAAGCACACCAUCGCCGCUGCGUCCACGGCAAACAGCCUCGCCGCCUUCACAUCGGGUCUAAGCAGUCCUCUCCAAAUUCUGGCGGCUCAGGCCUCCAGCUCCCCUCCGGUUUUGGUGAGUCGCCCGCUUUCUUCCGAGCAAGCGGGCGCGGGCGACCAACCUCAGGCCAAGCGGUCCAAGAUGGACGACGGCGAGGGAUCGGCGCCUGCCGCCCAGCAACCUGUGAUCGUUGCCGUCAUGCCACAAAGCCAUGAGCCCAGGAUGUGAAAGAGAAACUGAAGGGAAUGUUGUCAUAAAAAAACAAAAAGUCUUCUUUAAAAAAAAAAAAAAAAAACCCAAAAAAAAAAAAAGCUGAAGCAAACACUACUUUUUGGGUGGAUGAAGAAAUGGGAUUACUGAGUUGCCAAGACAACGGCACGGUGCGACGCCGUGUCGUCGUCUUGGCUGAAUUACGGCAAUCGUUUGUAAAUUCAAACAUCGUCUCUGUUGCCGAUUAGCGACAGUCGCUGUUUAAGUUAGCGGUUGUCAACGAAAAAAAGACACUUA